AUGAGCUAUGAAAAUCCGCUCUUAACUGUAACGUUGGAUGAAGUGCGCAAUAAAAGUAUUCUGGGAAGUAUUUUGAAGGCGUCAUAUGAAAAUGUUGCCUGUGAUUCCUGUCUUUAUGUUCUCAUUAGACACAAAUAUGAACAAUUAAAGCCAUUGAUGAAAGAUUUGGUGACUAUAUAUGAUCUUGCAAGAUGCUACGGAUUUGACGACAAUUCUAAGACAAUAUAUGUGCUGUUCGGCGACAAUUACAAAAAGCUUCAUGAGACUUGUAAUUGGUCGAUACUACUUUAUAGCAUUCAAUCUGCCUUGACUGAUUUUGACAAGAAAGAAAAAUAUAAAACGCUAAAGAUUAGUCUUGAUGACGAUAUUCUUACAGAAAAGCAUUCGGUCUCGGAAAAUAAUGGUGGAUAUUCCUCCGCAUUCAAACAGGAAUAUGGUACAGUUGCUGUAGGUGGUACGUUUGAUCAUUUGCAUGAUGGACAUAAGAUUCUUUUAAGCGCUUCCUCAUUUAUAGCAAGAGAUAUCCUAAUAGUAGGUGUGACGGGUGAGAAACUAUUAGUGCAUAAGAAAUAUGCUGAGUUUCUACAAUCAUAUAAUUAUAGGGUUGAACAGGUAAGAAAGUUCCUGAAACUUAUAAACUAUGAGCAGCUUGUUAGUCAAGAAACGAUAUCUGGUGGAAAAUAUGUCAAUAAUGUGAGAAAACAAAAGGGAUUCAAAGAACUCGAAAUUGUCGAGGUUCAAGUAAUUGGUGGUGGAACAGCACAAAACAAUUUCAAACAGAAGCUUAGCAGCACUGAGCUAAGACGGCGUGAAUCACAAAUGAAGGAACUACCGUAA